AUGACUUUUCGCUUAAGCCUUCUGGACACCUUGUGGCCAGAAGCAAUCCCCAACAACAGAUUGGUCUCACGCGUCUGCAGCUACUAGAAAUCCUAUGUCAGUAGUGGGUUCCAGGGACAUUACCCCUUAUGUUCUGCGAUGCAUUUUGUGUCCCCUCGAAUAUUCCUCCACUCCAGGCCCGAGCCCUUCCCCUUCUAUUUCAAACCUGCACUCUGAUGCUGAAUCGAUCAGAAGCGAGAAUAGCAACUCCACAGCACGCUCGAAUGCCAGUAGAUCCCAAAAAGCCAGAAAGUUUGGCCGGCUUCUCGGAUCUUCUGCCGGAAAGGGGAACUCUGUAGAGGCAGUAGAACCGCCAGGACCUCGGCGACCACCUCCAACAGGUGCCCUAGAAUUAGCUGCGGACAUCAGAGAGCCGCUUGGAUUGAGAGUUGAAGAUGUGGACAGAUUGCGAAGAGAAGUGAUAGAAACAUUCGGUUCAGAGCACAUUGCAGCCGAUCUGAUGAUUUACCUCCAACUGCUCAUCCGUGACAUGGGUAUACUAUCUCCAACAGACUUCCAUGAUGUUGAUGUGUAUCAGGCAUGGAAGCGAUUUGAGCGAGAAGCGGUCGAGAAGCUGAUUAGUUCCACUGGCCAUGGAGCCGUCUCAGCAGUCGUCGAGGGUCCAAUCGCGGAUUUGUCUGGUGAAGAUGAUGCUCUGAUUUCUUUUGCCGUACAGAGUGCAACCGGUCUGUACGCGAAAGAUCAGAACGGUCUCAGCAAUCCAUAUUGUGUCAUCACGUUCAAUGGAAUCAGUUUUGUUAGCCAAACAGUGGAGAAGAAUUUAAACCCACGUUGGAACUUCAACGUGCCAUUAAAGGUCAAGGCAGCAUCCGAUCCACUCCUCUUGACAAUAUGGAAUCGUUCCACGGACCGGCCUCGCGAUCGUCGUGGCGACGCAUUUUUGGGGAUGUGCACUAUAACCUCCGGACAAUUACGUCAAAGUAGAUUCGACCAACAUUACAACCUUGACAAGCGCUCUAAUCGAAGUCACAUCAGUGGACAAGUACAUGUUGUCGCUGAACGGAUCACAAUCGAUAAGGAUAAAGCAAACGUGUGGAGGAACGCACUGAGAGCUCUACACCCUGAUCCUCGGGCCGCAUAUGCGACAUUAGUGAAGAAGUUUUUGAGUUUUGCAGUAGCGAAGUAUGAGGGAGAUUCGCUGCUACCGGAAGGAUACCAGAAAGUUUUAGACUGCGUUGCCUCUAUUUGGCGAGUUGGUCUUCCAUACAGGGCCAUGAUUUAUUUUGAUACCCUGACUUCAAUGUUUUCUCAAGCGAUCAUUCCUGCGAGCGUUCUACAACGGGAGGCGUUUACUAAAGCGGAUAAGCUCUCCACCAACCACUUUGUUACUCUUUCUGAUCUUGAUAUUUUUCGGCAAGCUUGUGCAAAACUUUCGUCUCUCCUAAGCCAUCAGCUCAGCACAUUCUUCAAUCACCCUCUGACCACCCAGAGAGCGCGCGAGUUGGAUGCAAUUGCCGGCAUGUUGGCCGCAAUGCAAGCAAAUAAAUCAUUGGGCAUGGCUGAUGUUGAUGUCUCUAAAGUGGCUAAGAAGUUACUCACGGAUGCGCUUGAGGCCAGAUACCAUGGGUUGCAUGCCAUAGCUCACGCCUCGCGAGAAUCUCUAGACGACGGGCUCAUUAAUCUGGUGAAAGCGGUGAGACACGAGCUGGAGCUUUAUCACGCACACCUCGAUACGGCGCUAUACUUUGGAUAUGUCCAUAUACCAGAUCUGGCUGCCAAAGUCUUUUCUGAUCGGCUUAUACCAGAGCUUGAUCGAUAUGCGAAUGCAUAUUUGGCUUCUCCGGAUUUAGCUAAUGCAUUUGAGCUGUAUCAUGAAGUGCAGGCGAUGCGGGGUGUAUACGAAACAGUGGAUUAUAAGCUUGCGGAAAAAUUCCCCACACAGACUUGGUUUACUCCAUUCCUACGGGAAUGGAUAAGUGUCUCAGAAAAGAAGUUCAUCGAAUGGAUGCAAAAUGGUAUUGAUGUGGAUGAGUUUUGCCCGUCAUCUACCACAGUCCUCUACUCCUCCUCCGUGUUGGAUAUGUUCACCUCAUUCCAACAACAAGUCGACUUUGUCGUCAAUCUAAAGUGGCCAGAUCCUGACGAAGAGCGUGCAGUGAUCUUCAGAUUGGCACAGGCGGUUACCGAGACACUUCGGUCUUACUGCGAUAUUAUGCUACACCGAGUGGGCGGAGAUUUUCGACAUUUUACUACAAGCGCCGCGGCUUCAACAGUACCUACCAGCGGAAAGAAGAAGAAGCUUAAACUUCAGUUUGGCAAGUUUAAAAAGACGCGGCAAAUUAAUCCGGACGAAAUUCGAAUACCUUCCAAGGCUUGCGUCAGAAUCAACAAUAUGGAUGCACUUCCUGUUCGAUUUGACGAUUUCUGCCACAGAAUAUUCCCACUUUCCCCGCAAGCUCCAAACGUGUCCAACGCUGACCCUGACGUUCCUCCACCACUCCCACCAAAACCUUCACCUGGCUCCAUCCUUCGAAACACCCCAUCGCUGAUCCGUCUCACGAUUCUCCACGGCCAGCGUCUAACGGCGACACGGCCAUACAAUAUCCAAUUCUCCCUGCGCCUCCGUAUGGGAAAGCGUGAAAUUGGAGAGACCCGGUCAGUGCCUCAGUCCGCGAGUGCUGUCUGGAAUGAAGUCUUCUACUUGUCAUUGGGUGCGGCGGAUUUGAACGCUCCGCUGGAGGUUUGUCUUAUGCAUCGGGUUCCACCAGAAAAGGCUGGUGAAUCAGAGAAGCUGUACAUGUUCGCGAGGGGGACUUUGGGACUAAACCCCGCCGCAGCAGAAAUGGAAAUCGCAGUGGAUCUUGGCGGGAGUGGAAAAGUCCUGGUGCAAACAAAGGUUGAAAGCGAUGUAGCUUCUUUGAAAAACCGAGUAGUAUCGGAUGUCGAGAGGGCACUAGAGAAAGCUGUGAAUAUUUUCGCAGAGAAGGUUUGCUACGACAUGAAAGAUAGGCUGAAAACAGUUUCUCGCAAACACAAAGUCAGCGGAUACAAGAACCUUAUCACAAAACUGAACCAAAAAGAUUCAGCUUCUUCGCUGUCUUCUCAUACCUUCUCGCCGACUCAGGUUUCCGAUGAGGAAAUUGAGAACGAUUUGGAGUUGUUACUGGGCUACAUCAAUGUGAACCUCGAGGUACUUACCGAGUCCAUGGAGCACUCGUUAGCGUUACGAGUUGUCAAAGGUGUCUGGGUAAAGGUGGUGAAUCAUGUGGAGGCAUUGGUAGUUGGAGAGGUUGGCGAUGAAGGGAAAGACAAGAGGGAAUGGGACGCGAAAAGGAUUGGGUUCAUAAGACGAAGUAUAGAGUUCCUGGCAGCAUUUUUUCACAGCGAUGGCGAAGGACUACCUAAAGAAGAAUUGGAAACGGAAAGAUUCAAACAAUUAUGUCAGCUUCUAAAUAUGUACCACACCUCAAAGAAGGAUUUACAGCGACUGUACCUUGCCCAGCAACAAAGUGCAAAAACAGUGGCCGGCGAGGACGUGCAGGGGGGAGAUUGGAUUCUGAAGCUGAUUCGCGUCAAAGGAGGAAAGGACUUUGUGGAUGAAAUUGUCGCUAGAAGAGUGCGGUGGGGUGGGGAGGCGACCACGAUGUGAAGCUCGGCAUUUUUAUUCUUGGUCAACUUUUAUUAAACCUUACCUCUACAGUGCUUACCAAAAAUGACCUACUAGAAGCUCUUACGUAGAUAUAAUCCGACUACAUUUCUUCGCUAGCAAUAAUAUAGUUUUGUGUAAUAUUCGCCAAAUAUGGAAAUUAGCUGCGCAUGGCA